UCGGGCUCCGCGAGUCCUCCUUUUUGCACACACACGAAUACAAAGAGCCAUACGACCUUCGGAUGCCGGUGGGGCCUCUUGAGCGCCCUCUGUCCCUUCGGGUGCAGCGGUGGGGAGCUCCGUGUGGGGGUGCGGGAAGAAUGCUUUCUGACCCCUGAAGCUGCCCUCUCAGAAGUCCCCUUUCAGAAGGGGCGGGUUGACACCCCGUGCGUUGUGCUGGGGCGUGCAGGGUCUGCUGGUGGAAGGAGGCGCCUUCCUUCCGGGGACAGCCAUGCACUGUGCGCCUGCCCGCCUUGCCUUCUCCUUCACACAGCCCGCGGCCCGGGGCCCAGCUCCUCUGACCUUCCUCCAUGGGAACGCAAAGUGACGCCAAAGCGGCCAGCAUCGUAGCCUCCUGAAGCCGCUGACCUGAGGGCCUUUCGCAGCUGUCCAGGGUGUGAGCAGUGGCCGCUGGGCCCAGCAGCCAUGUCCUUCAGCGCCACCAUUCUCUUCUCCCCGCCCAGCGGCAGUGAGGCCAGGUGCUGCUGCUGUGCCUGCAAGAGCGAGACCAGCGGGGGCAGCACGGGCUCCCAGGGCAGGAACCCCCCUCCCAGCACCCCUAUCACAGUGACGGGCCACGGCCUGGCCGUGCAGAGCUCUGAGCAGCUCCUGCACGUCAUCUACCAGCGCGUGGACAAGGCCGUGGGCCUGGCUGAGGCCGCUCUGAGUCUGGCCCGGGCCAACAACGAGCUGUUAAAGCGGCUGCAGGAGGAAGUAGGGGAACUGAGGCAAGGGAAAGUGUGCAUCCCCGAGGAAGCCGGGCGCAGCCAGGCCCACAGCCCCCCACCCGAGGAGCCGGGGCCCCUCAAGGAGAGCCCCGGCGAAGCCUGCAAGACUCUGUCUGCUGCCGAGGAGGAGUGUGACAGCGUGGGCAGCAGCGUGCAGGUGGUGAUCGAGGAGCUGCUGGGGGCGGCCUCAGCCGUGGGGCCUGGGCCCCUGGGCUUCCCAGCCCCUCAGCGAGACCUGCGGCUUCCGGGGUGCCCUCUGGCCGCCAGCGAGGGCACCCCCCUGCUGCAUCCUCUGGUGGAUGAUUAUGUGGCCUCUGAGGGUGCAGUACAGCGAGUGCUGGUCCCUGCUUAUGCCAAACAGCUUUCCCCAGCCACACAACUGGCUAUCCAGCGGGCGUCCUCAGAGACAGGGCCAGAGAACGGGGCCAAGCUCCCGCCGCCGCGCCCUGAGGACGUGCUCAGUGCUGCUGCUGUGCUGGACGGCACCUUGGAGGAGUCUGGCCCUGGAAGCGCCGGGGACCUGAGACACUCGCUGGGGCUCACUGCUUCCCCGUGCAGGCCCCGCGUGAGCGGGCAGAAGAACUCCAGGCGAAAGCGGGAUCUGGUUCUCUCUAAAUUGGUCCACAAUGUGCAUAACCACAUCACCAAUGAGAAGAGGUUCAAUGGGUCGGAAAGCAUCAAGUCCUCUUGGAAUAUUUCAGUCGUGAAGUUCCUUCUGGAAAAGCUCAAGCAGGAGCUGGUGACCAGUCCCCACAAUUACACGGACAAGGAGCUGAAAGGAGCCUGUGUGGCGUACUUCCUUACCAAGAGGCGCGAGUACCGCAACUCCCUGAACCCCUUUAAAGGUCUGAAAGAAAAAGAAGAAAAGAAGCUUCGCAGUCGCCGAUACCGGCUUUUUGCCAACCGGUCCAGUAUCAUGAGGCACUUUGGCCCUGAGGACCAGCGCCUGUGGAAAGGUGUGACUGAGGAGCUGAUGUCGGAUGAGGAGGACAGUCUGAACGAGCCAGGUGUCUGGGUGGCCCGUCCACCCCGUUUUCGGGCCCAGCGCCUCACAGAGCUCUGCUACCACCUGGACGCUAACUCUAAACACGGCACCAAAGCCAACCGCGUGUAUGGGCCUCCCUCAGACAGACUGCCUUCUGCGGAAGUCCAGCUCCUUCCACCAGAGCUUUACAACCCUAAUUUCCAAGAAGAAGAAGAAGAGGGAGGCAACGAGAACGGACCUGUGUCCCCACCUUUUGACCAGUCCCACAAAACCUGCUGUCCCGACUUGAACUCAUUCAUUGAAAUCAAGGUGGAAAAGGAUGAGUGACGUCUAUAACCAAGAGUAACUCUGGCUUCUGCCACUCCUGCCUCCCAGAAAUAGGCAGCCAUGGGGCUUCUCAAAAUAGUAAGAUGCCCUCUGCAGUCUGAGAAAGCAGAUUUGCCUCUGCUCUUAACACAGCCUUUAGGGCCAGCGAUGUAGCUCAGCGGGUCAGCACCUGCCUGGCAAGCGCGAGGUUGUGAGUUCAAGUCCCUAUGCCAAAAACAGAGUUUCCCGUCACCACAAAUAUGCAGUGGGAAUAACACACACUGACAGUUUUUGGUGGAAUAAAAGAACUUCUGUAAAAGUGGGGAAAGUGAGAACCAGCAAAUGCUUAUUGCUGAGCACUCAGUGUCUCGGAGGAGCCUGGGAUGAGGAAAGGAAGACGGGUCUGAGAGGCAUGAGGCACUCCUGACACAGGUCUGGUCACUGAGUUGGUUCCCUGUCCCCGCCUCCCCUCGCACCCAAAGCUCCUGGCAGCAGCCUUGGUUGAGCUUUUGCUUCCCCAGCACCGGCCUUGCUCUGCAGUGGAAGAUCAGGCCAGCCCGGCACCAUACUGCCACCUGCCGGGCAGUUUCACCCGUGGACGUGAUUCUGAGAUGUAGAUAUAAUAGCUGUUGUUUAUUGAAUCAUAUAAGGGAGAUUUUAUUAUUCCCAUCUUGCAGAUGAGGAAAUUAAAGAAUAAAGAAUUCCCAUGUUUCACUGGCA